AAGAAAAAAAAAGAAAAAAAAAAAGCCUUAAACCCUCCGAAUCUACACAACACACUCUCUUCCCUCUUCUCUUCUCUCUCUCCGCCUCCAUUUUAUCUUCCAAGAAACCCAAACCAAAUCUAAUCCUCUCUCUCUCGGUCUCCUUCAUUAACCAAAAACUACCUUACCAAAUUACAAAUACAUAUCGAGAGAGAGAGAGAGAACGAAGAAAGAUUCUAAAUUUCUAAGUCUUCUUCUUCCAACCAGAUCGGAUCCGAAAAGUUUCCAUAAAUUUUUUAAAAGAUGCAGGCACCAAACAACAACAACGGCUCAACAGAUUCGGCGUUACCAACAUCAGCAGGAACAACACCACCGUUGCAGCAAUCAACUCCACCGCCUCAGCAGCAGCAACAGCAACAACAACAGCAGUGGCAACAACAACAACAGUGGAUGGCUGCGAUGCAGCAAUACCCUGCAGCUGCUAUGGCUAUGAUGCAACAGCAGCAAAUGAUGAUGUAUCCUCACCACCAAUACGCUCCUUACAAUCAAGCCGCGUAUCAGCAGCAUCCUCAGUUUCAAUACGCUGCUGCUUAUCAGCAUCACCAGGGUCAACAGCAGCAGAAGCAGCAGCAGCAGCAGAAGCAGCAGCAGCAGCAGCCACGCGGUGGAUCUGGUGGUGAUGAUGUGAAGACCCUUUGGGUUGGUGAUCUUCUUCAUUGGAUGGAUGAGGCUUAUCUCCAUACCUGUUUCUCUCACACCAACGAGGUUUCUUCUGUGAAAGUUAUUCGCAACAAGCAAACUUGUCAAUCUGAAGGGUAUGGUUUUGUUGAGUUUCUUUCACGUUCAGCAGCUGAAGAAGCUCUUCAGAGCUUUAGCGGUGUGACCAUGCCGAACGCAGAACAGCCUUUCCGUUUAAACUGGGCAUCUUUCAGUACUGGUGAGAAGAGAGCAUCAGAAAAUGGUCCGGACCUAUCGAUAUUUGUUGGAGAUUUGGCUCCAGAUGUGAGUGAUGCUGUCUUGCUUGAGACUUUUGCUGGUAGAUAUCCAUCUGUCAAAGGUGCAAAAGUUGUGAUCGAUUCCAACACCGGGCGUUCCAAAGGUUACGGGUUUGUCAGGUUUGGUGAUGAGAAUGAGCGGUCAAGAGCUAUGACAGAAAUGAAUGGUGCUUUCUGUUCAAGCAGGCAAAUGCGUGUUGGUAUUGCUACCCCUAAAAGGGCUGCUGCUUAUGGCCAACAAAAUGGUUCACAAGCUCUGACACUGGCUGGUGGACAUGGAGGAAAUGGUUCACUGUCUGAUGGGGAAUCAAACAAUUCAACAAUAUUUGUUGGCGGUAUUGAUCCUGAUGUUACCGAAGAAGACCUCAUGCAACCCUUUUCCCAAUUUGGGGAGGUUAUUUCAGUGAAGAUUCCAGUAGGAAAAGGAUGCGGCUUUGUCCAGUUUGCUAACAGGCAAAGUGCUGAAGAGGCCAUCGGGAACUUGAACGGGACAGUCAUUGGGAAAAACACUGUCCGGCUAUCUUGGGGACGAAGCCCCAAUAAACAGUGGAGAGGUGACUCUGGUAACCAAUGGAACGGAGGAUACUCAAGAGGACAAGGUUACAACAAUGGAUAUGCUAAUCAAGACUCAAACAUGUACGCUACUGCAGCGGCUGCUGUCCCGGGAGCUUCUUGAAAGUGUGUUGGUACGUCUCUAUCAUCAAAAGAAACCGUGAGUCCUGGACUCACGGGAAUUGGGUUAAAAAAAAAAACAAGCCAUUGGAUGAUCAAAGUGAUCCGAUGAUAGUUGUUGGUUUGGAUGUUAGCUCGCACCAUCCAAACUAAAACCUCUUAAGUCCAAAGAGGGUUGUGUAUCCUGGAUUUGAAUCUUGCUUAUCUUGCUGUCUCAGUCUCUGUCAAAAUUUUGGGGUUGUCUAAAACUUGAAUUUUAUUUCUAGUUCUUUUUAAGUUUAUUUGGUCUGUUACGGAGACUUCCUCAAAGCCAGAGUUUGGUCCACAAUAAGCAAUCUUCCAAAUCGUUUGGAUCAGUUGCUACUUUUA